AACAAGUUGAACAUUAUUUCUUGUUUGUGUCUCUGUGUUAAUUGUGAUUUCUGAGCGAAUGUUCCAUGAAUAUUUCAUUAGCAGCAUUACACAGUAAAGAUUUGUGAUUACAUUUGGCGACAGUCCCUUGGCAUCACCACACGCUUUUUCCACCCGUUGGCAUGCUUUUCGUAACAUUCUACGUUAAUAUUUGACCAUUCUGAAUAAUCUGAACCAUCUUGUGAAGUCUUCAUACCACUGUAACAUUGAAAGCAUCCUCCCUCAUGGCAUCCUUGUGUUGUACUGAAGCAGCUCUGCUGGGGACAAGACGUGUCUAAAGAGUCAGAAAAAUUGUCCAGAGCAUCAAUCAAUCAACAGUUACCGUGGAAACGGUCCUCCACUCCGGUUGCCAGAAAAAAAGAAAAAAAAAGAACAGUCUUAAAGUUUUAAUCCAUUCUGGCCACCACCUGUUUGAACUGCUGCUUUCAGGGAAAUGGUUUGUCAACACUUUCUAUCCCGAAGUUGCUACCGUCUUGAACUUAUUGACCUAAAACGUUCCUAACCAGUCAAAUUUAUUCUUCCUUCAUUUCUGACCAAUCUUCUGAUUGGUGCAACUUUUAGGAUUAGGCAAUUUCUGGUUUCAUGAAUCCUUUAUUCAUCUUUUUUUGUGAUCUCACUCCUGUAUUCAAUAUUCAAAGUGGGUAAUUAUUUGUCAUUAAUUCAGAAUUUGUUUCACUGGUCUGCUGUCAAAGGCCUAAGUCAUGUAGAGCUGCAGACCUUUUCUUUGCUUGUCGUUCAUCUCUGCAAGCUAUUUCUGCAGCGGUGUUGCCAUUUGCUUUCCGUUCUCUGUGUCUCAGGACCUUUUUCCUAUGUUACUCAAUUUAGCUGGAAAGUCAGAUUGUUUUUAAGGCUACCGUGCUCCUGUGGGAACACUCAGUCCUUUAGAAAUGAGUUCAUACCCUUUCCUGAUUUGUGCCUUCCCACAGUGUUAUUGUGACGGACAGAGAAUUACUAAGACCUUUUUAUAGGGUAUUUUGCAGCAGGUCUGUGCCUCUCUAUAGAAUGUCCAGUCAGUUAAGUUUCCCAAGUUCUACAAACAUCAAAUUUUAGAGCAGCAAAAAAUUAUCUGAAAAGGGUUUUGGUUUAAGCUCCUUAAGAAAAUCAUAUUGCUAUACCAAAAUAUAAUUACAGAAUAAAAAUGUUCAUGCUUAUACCACAGCGUACAGUGCUUUGCAUGAAUACUCAUACUGCUUAAAUAUUUUUACGUUUCUUGACAUUACAACCACAAAGUUAAAUGUUUAAAUUGGUUGUUUGUGGUAGAUGAGCAAGAGGUAUUGCAUAAUUGUGUGUCGUACACUGCAGGGACACUAUUUGUUGGACCACCAUUACGCAGUUACAACAGCAAGUCUUUGAGGUAUGCCUCCACCAGCUUUUCACAUUUAGAGACAGAAACUGUUUUCUUGCUAUUUUCUAGCUCAAGCUAAGUCAUAUUGGAUGGAGAACAUUUGUGAACAUCAAUGUUCAAGUCUUACUUCAGAUUUUAAAUUGGAUUUAGAUCUGGACUUUAACUGAGCCCAGCAUGAAUAUUGUUGGAUCUAAAACCCUCUGUUGGGACUCUGGUCCAGCAGAGCCACAACUUUAAGGUCAUGUUCCUGCAAGACAGUUAACUUUUACUCGAAUCUCAAGUCUUUUGGAGGAUCUAGCUGAUUUUCUUUUAGGAUUACCCUUUUUCAGCCCCAUAUAAUUCCCCAUUUACUUUGACCACUCUCUCUACACCCACUUAUGAGAGAUGCAUGAUGACAGCUGGAUGCCAACACACCACAAUGUUUUUGGUGACGAUGGGAUUUUCAGGGUAACUUAGUGUUAAAACGAUCAUCUUGAUCUAAUUGGACCAGAGCAACUUCUUCCUCGUGUUUACUGCACUUUCAUUUUCAAAACCAAUUUUUCCAGCAUGUGUUAGCCGUGUUAAUGAUAAUGAGCUAACUCCACUAUAUAUGCUGACUAAUAUCAAGUGGUGUUACUGUAAGAGUCCCAUUAAUUUCCUUCCUCGGUGCUAAUGUUCUGUGGCUGGGAUAGUUUUAGUUCUGAUAAUGAAUAACAUUAUUCAUGCCUCACCCUCAGCUGAGCAUGUUAUUCUCAUUAGCCUGAGUAAACCAUAUUUUUUAUCAGCUGGAUGAUAUUCUGCUUUUUGUUGCAUAAAAAGCAUAAAUAACUAAUCACACUGAGCGUCUUGAACUGUGCUCUCUCUGGUUCACACAAGCAAUUAAACCGCAUUUGUCAUGCAGGGACACGGACGUGAUGGGCUGGCCCCCUGCCAGUGUUUGGUUGACAUUCAUGGAAAUAAUUAGAAGUAGCACAACAUUUUGUCUUAACUAUGAACAGAUUUUCUUUCUAAAAUGUCUUUCUAUUUCUAUGUUUGACUGUUUCAUCCUGAUAGUUAAAUCAUUAACCUCUGAGACAUCAAAAAGCCCAGAGAAAGACUACAUUUUAUCAACAGUGACUUUAUCACCAAGCUGUGAAACUGCUGAAUGUAACACAAUAUGGAAAUAUGUAGUCUCUUUUGUCUUGUUAUCAUCAUUGCUGGAUGUUCUAUUCUGAACUUUGCAAGUGUUGUAUUCUGACUUCAUAAAAUAGUAUAUGUGACACAAUAGCAGUCACAGGUUGAGCAGCUGUAUUUAUAUUGAUGGUAAAAUUGUUCUGAAAGUGCACACCACUGAUUUAUUGCAAACUAAUAUCUUAUCUAAUCAAAUUACAUGGCACAAACCAUGAAGCUGUAAAUAUCCUGUCAACACACAAACAAAUUCUAUUCAAUUGCCUUUGGUUUAUUUCAGUUGUAAGAACAAUUUACCAUCUCUCCUAAUGGAAAAUAAACACACACCGUCCAGCUUGAGCUCCAGGCUGAGUUAUGCCAGCUGUACAGCAACUCUUACAGAACAGAAUUUCCACUUUAUAUCUGAGUUACCAGCGUCUCUGCCAUCAUCUUAACCCCGCCUUGAUGCUGUUGAUGUGGAUCGUCACGUCCAACAAGAUGAACAUCAACAAUACUGAAUCCUGGUUUUCUAUGAACACGUCAUUUUCCACUCUGUCUAUAACAGCCAGUCCAGCUAACAGGAGUGGCAUGGGGCGAUAUCUUGAGAGACUGGCACAUUUAGAUGAGGGACUCUACAACGACUUCUACGGCCUCUGGAUCGCUCUGAUGGUCAUAAACUCCGUCAUUUUCCUGGUGGGCAUGGUGCUCAACACAGUUGCACUAUAUGUUUUUUGUUACCGCACAAAGCAAAAGACCACCUCGGUGAUCUACACCAUUAACCUUGCAGUGACAGACCUCUUGGUGAAUUUGUCUCUGCUGACUCGUAUAUCGCUCUACUACAGCGGAGGAGCUUGUCUCACCUGCUCCUAUCUGCACAUCUUCAGUUACUUUGUGAACAUGUACUGCAGCAUCUUAUUUCUAACCUGCAUAUGUGUCGACCGUUACCUUGCCAUUGUUCAGGUUGAAGCUUCCCGUCGUUGGAGGAACUCCAGCGUUGCCAAGCUGGUGUGUGUUACUGUAUGGCUGUUUGCCAUCGUGGUCACAUACUCCUUUCUCUCCACUGCUUUCCAGCAUACGGGCUGCUGCAUCUCAAAGCUCCUCUUUCUCACAAUCACGGAGUUCUUUUUGCCCCUUAUUGUCAUUAUGGUCUUCACUCUGCGCAUCAUGUGGGCCCUAACGGACCGCCGCCUCAUGCAGCAGAGCAGAAAGAGAAGGAGAAGGGCCGUCCAGCUGUUGACAACUGUGCUGAUCAUCUUUACCAUCUGCUUCACUCCUUUCCACGUCAGACAGGUAUUGUUGUACUUCUACCCUGACAUGCCCCAUCAAGUGAUUGUGUACCACUUAACCGUCACUCUAAGCAGCCUGAACAGCUGUAUGGAUCCUGUUGUCUACUGCUUUGUUACAAAUAAUUUCAAGGCCACUAUGAAACAUCUUUUCCGUCGUGCUGAGCCAGAGCAGACCAGUGGUGACAUUGUCAGUAUGCAGCACAGCUCCAAGGCCUCGGGAGGAACAAUUAACCCCAUGACCAGUAACAGGAUCAUGAUGAUCAUGAUGACCAGGAUUCCCAGCGUACCACAGAGGGACAUUUUGGAGAACAAUCACACACCAUGAAACUGUUCUAGCAAGAAAAGGUUGGCUUCAUAUUUGACAGACAUGCCUGGUUUCUAAAACUUCAGACCAGUGAAAACACCUUCGGUGCAUUUUGACCCUGAAUCUUCAGCUCCGGAGUGACAGUAAAAACGAGUAUCCUCAAUAUGAGCUCAACAACAAAAAUAUAAACCUAGUUUUCUGUAACCAACUACAUGGUCAAUGACAAUGGACACAAUUUGUUUGUGACUAAACUUUAUCAUCGUCCAGAGGAAUCCCCGUCAACCUGUCCCUUUUUUGGGGGGAUGUUUCUUCUAAGAAAGACUUCUCAAGGAUCUUUGUAUUACAGGAUACAUCAUAUAGUUUCAUUAAAGUUUCUUCAGACAUACUAAAAUGUAUCCACAUCAUUGCCAUUCAAAAAUAAAAAAAGUAUUUGAUUUGUAUUUCUUUUAC